AUGGACAAGAGCCAGAUCACCAGACACAGAAAGUCGUUUGAUGGUGAAGAUACCCACGAUGGGCCACGUGGCAGACGAGAUCGCAACGACGAAAACCGUCCGCUGCCUCAAUCGGACUACCCUUUCGGUGCCGGAGAACAGAGGAGGGAGAGGAAGCAAAGAAGUCUGAGUCCGUAUAGCAAGAGGUUGGCGCUGACACAGGCGAUGAACAUGUAA